GAUGGCAAAAAACACAACUGCAAUUGUUUCAAAUUUUGAAUGUCCUACUUGGGCAGGGAAGCCUCCUCCAGGACUGCAUUUGGACGUGGUGAAAGGAGACAAACUGGUGGAGAAACUGAUCAUCGAUGAGAAGAAGUAUUACUUGUUUGGGAGGAAUCCCGACAUCUGUGAUUUUACCAUCGACCACCAGUCAUGUUCUCGCGUCCACGCCGCCCUCGUCUACCACAAGCACCUCAAGAGGCUUUUUCUCAUCGAUCUCAACAGCACACAUGGCACGUUUCUCGGACAUAUCCGCUUAGAACCUCACAAGCCCCAACAAGUUCCCAUCGACUCCACUGUGUCAUUCGGGGCGUCCACUCGAGUGUACACGAUCCGGGAGAAACCUCAGACCCAGCCUGGCGUGGCCACGGGGGACAGCAAAACCGGAGAGGACGAGGAACUGAAAGGACUGCUAGGAUUACCCGAGGAGGAGACAGAACUGGAGAACCUGACCGAAUUUAAUACCGCUCACAACAAGCGAAUCUCCACCCUGACCAUAGAGGAGGGUAAUCUGGACAUCCAGAGGCCCAAGAGGAAAAGGAGGAGCUCAAGGGUUACUUUCAGUGAAGAGGAGGAGAUCAUCAACCCAGAGGAUGUUGACCCCUCUGUAGGACGCUUCAGAAAUUUGGUGCAGACUGCUGUUGUCCCAAUGAAGAAAAAGAAAAUGGAGGGCCAUAACGUGUUGGGUAUAGAGGACAGCAGCGGAAGACACAUGCACGGUUUCCACAUGCGAGGCGGUCUGUACGGGGACUUGCCUCCCACUAGUCACGAGGCCCAUCCGACGGGGACUUCCAGCGGAAGCGCCAUCCUGGGAGGACUGCCUCUGCCUCUGCCUAACCCAGCCCCGGAGGUGGACCUGGCCCCAGAGGCUCCGCAGCUCCCUGUCACCCUCAACCCCGUACCUGUCACUGGGCCCUAUGUCUCGGAGGGCCUGAAUGAGCCCCGCAAGAAAAAAUAUGCCAAGGAGGCGUGGCCUGGCAGGAAGCCCACGCCCUCUCUGCUGAUUUAGCCCAGUAAGAACUGAGCAGAGGGCGGGACAUAAGACUUAAGGGCACAGAACUUUUGUUAAUGUCAUCUUUUGUCUUUGUAUUGUGUUUUUUUGAGUACGAGUCGUUGAAAAGAUAAUGCAUUCCGUGAGUAAGGAACGCCUUUUAAAUCUGUCGUUGAGGCCGUCAGGACUCGGUGGUUUUCUUUCAUUUUUAUAAUAAGGGAACCCGUUUUCUCUGAAAACGAGUUAUGGAGAAAUGCACCGCUUAUCAAAAAUACUGCAGUUUGAGUGAAAUUUCAACCCCAUUUGCUAAAACAACCCAGUUAGUCAUGCAGAUGCAGCAGUCUUCUACUGGCUGCAUGGAAGCUCCAUGUAUGUUUAAUAGGGGAGUUACAGGAAUAGCGUGAUGCAAAUCUAUGGAUGCUCAUGGGAUCAACUCAACUCAAUCAUUCCUGACCAGGUCUCACUGUAAAUUUGAUAUUACACAUCCAUCAAUGCGUUCUUCCUGCCCCUCCCUCU